UGACCACGAUGGGCCGAUACAGUAGCCUACUGGCAAUGGAGAAGUGAGGAAACUUCGCCUGUCAAACGUGCAGAUUCAACAUUAUCUUUUGUACUGUGCCAAGUCCAAUGAUCAACACCGCCUUUGUAAAUGAUCGCACAGCAAUUCGUGCAUAGAGCAAUAGAGUGCACGGAGCCUGACGAUCGGGAGAGAGAACGAGUGUCGUCGUAGAAUAGAACAAGUUCCAGCUUGUUUUUUUGGGGCGCGAUUGUUGCCAAUAUGUCCGGGAAUCCCACAUUUGUGAGUCCCUUCCACAGACCCCGCUGUUUGGCCGCAGCCGCGCCAGCAGGGAAAGCCAAACUCACCCACCCGGGCAAAGCCAUUCUAGCAGGUGGUAUUGCUGGAGGAAUAGAGAUCUGUAUUACAUUCCCUACAGAGUAUGUGAAGACUCAGCUGCAGCUGGAUGAGAAGGCCAACCCUCCCAGAUAUAAAGGCAUUGUUGACUGUGUGAAACAGACGGUAGACGGUCAUGGGGUGAGGGGUCUGUACAGAGGGCUCAGCUCACUGCUCUAUGGCUCCAUACCCAAAGCAGCUGUCAGGUUUGGUAUGUUUGAGUUCCUCAGUAAUAAGAUGCGUGAUGAGAAUGGGAAGCUGGACAGUACCCGGGGUCUUUUCUGUGGUCUGGGGGCAGGAAUGGCUGAGGCUGUGGUGGUGGUCUGCCCCAUGGAGACGGUCAAGGUAAAGUUCAUCCAUGACCAGUCGUCAGCCAACCCAAAGUACCGGGGAUUUUUCCAUGGAGUCGGGGAGAUCAUCAGAACCGAAGGCCUGAGGGGGACGUACCAGGGUCUGACAGCCACGGUACUGAAACAGGGAUCCAACCAGGCCAUCCGCUUUUACGUUAUGACCUCUCUAAGGAACUGGUACAAAGGUGAUGACCCUAACAAGGCCAUUAACCCUCUGGUCACGGGAGCAUUCGGAGCCUUCGCUGGAGCUGUCAGUGUGUUUGGAAACACUCCUCUUGAUGUCAUCAAAACCAGGAUGCAGGGUCUGGAGGCUCACAAGUACAAAAGCACCCUGGACUGUGCCGUCAAGAUCAUGAAGCAUGAGGGACCUAAAGCGUUCUAUAAGGGUACAGUCCCCAGGCUGGGCAGGGUGUGUAUGGACGUAGCUAUCGUCUUCAUCAUCUAUGAGGAGGUGGUGAAAGUCCUCAACAAAGUCUGGAAGACGGACUAAGACCACAUUUCUGUGACGACCAGCGGAGCAGGGAACGGCCGGGAAGGCCUGUUGACAUCAUAACUAUGGCCUGAUUCCAAACCCAAUCCUUUUCCCUUUCCUUAGGUUUACUAUGACUAGCAACAUCCUCACAGAUCUGACACGACUCUGUAUUUCAUUCCAGAAAGUUGUUCUCUGUCCCCUACCCUUGUUUACUUUUAUGGUUGAGUGCACUUCACCUAGGGUGCUAUAGGAUCCUAUCAGGGACACUAUUUAGCAAGGGCACAGGUGAGGGAUUGGGCCUACGUGACUGAAAUAUGGGAACACUGUGUUAUUCCAGAGAAGUGUCGUAGACGGACGGUGCUUCAGUUCACUAAUGGCUAUUGUUAUCAUCUUAUGUUAUACGUUAACAUACUUGACUUAAUCAAAAAUGAAAUGAUACUUAUAAAACCCCAAAUAAUGUGAUGUAGAUCAACAGAAAACACUUGAAAUGACAGGAGGAUCUCAGAGGCUUUUAACUCCAAGGGCCACGGUGUACAUUUAACAGGAAAUGGUAUUACCCGGUGAAAUGGGUCUGGUAGAGACCAUCGUUUUCCCCUAAUAGCAGUAUAACAGACAUGUCUGUUUGUUCACGGGUCAUAUGAGUCUUAUUGUCCAGGUUUAAUGCAGGUCUGAAAUGUUUUAGCUGCUUUACAUACCUGAGUGCUAUUACGUCACAAUGCCUUAUAGAUUGUUAUAUUCAGAGAUAUCUUUAUGGUAGAAUGCUAUUAUGGGUGCGUUUUGUCAAUUUGUCAGUUAGUCUGUUCUGUGGCACAUUCAGACCAGAGUGCUCUGAAAUCGGAGUAGAUAGUCAGAGUGAAUUUACGAACGCACCCUAUAUGUAGUAACCAUAAUUGUUGUGACCAUAGAAUUAGAACUCGGUGCUUAAUUGCUAUUCAUUCUACUAAUUCUGUAGUGGUGAAUAGCUUGUUUUUGCUGUCAGUCAAAUACAGAGAUGUACAUGUCAUACAGUAUACUCAGACAUUCUACAGAAUGCACCAACACUUUUUAAAGUUAAUUCCAUAAAAACGAUGACCAAGAUUGAGAUGAUGCUGGUGAGGGUGAUGAACUUUGCAAUUGCAAAUGUGAAACAUCAGAAAUAUUUACAUAAUGAUUGUUUAUUGGGGGGGUUGAUUGUUGUAUGAAAGUGCCUGCAAGUGUGUCUCAUGAUUGUUUUAGAAAUCUGGUAUAUGAUGUGUAGUGUUACUAAUGUCUAAAGUUGAAUGUCUUAUCUGGGUCAGUUCUUCAUUACUGUCAUAUGAUACAAUAACUGAAUUGUUUUUAUUUAAUAUAGACAGUAACACAGUGCAAUGAGGCCUUGCUGAGAUGUUUGUAUUGGCAAAUAUGAUUAGAUCUACUGGUACUGGUUGACAGUAUAGCUCACCAGACACUAUCAUAAUGCAGCCUUGAGUAAUUCAAUGUGAUUGAGAUGUCUCGUAAUGUUCCCUGUCAGUUAUAGAGUAUGUAUAAAUGUCUUUGAUUUACAAUUUAUGAUUACACAUUUCCUUGGCAGUGUGGAGGGGGGGGGACACUGAUUUUUAUUUAAAAUGACUAGAUUUAUCUUCAGGGCGGCUCCAGGCACAAGCAGCAUAAACUCAGUACAGCUGUCAAUUUACUGUUGAGAAUAUACACACGGUGCAAGUUUGAAAUUUGGUUGUACAUCAACAAUUUUUCUAUUAUGUCAGUCACUAGCUAUGUUUCCAUCCAAUUGGUGACAGAUUUUCAUGUGAAUAUUCUAGAAUCUGCAUAAAUAAAAUAUGGUCAUUUUGGACAAAGAAA